AUGACUCGGACGCAACAGCGUUCAUCCGCCGCCUCGUCCGACGCUCCUUGCUCGGGCCAGGCACCUGAGUUCCGCGCGAGCCAAGCCGCGACUUCUUUUGCUUCCUCCGUUGCCUCUCCUCUGUUUCCAACCUCUUUCAGCCAGUCUCCCCACUCUUUUCCUCAGUCCUCCUUGUCUCUCAGGAGACGGCUCUCGCUCGCUGUGCUGUUGCUCCUGCUCGCUGCGCUGUCUCUCUCGUCGCGUCUCCCCCCGGCAUGCGGCGCCAAACUCCCGUCGGACUCUGGCGGCGGUUCAGGCGGAGACGGCUUUCCGCCUGGCGACAACGGCCCUGACGGCACGGACGGUCCGUCCGACAACGGAAGUGGAGGAGGGCCGGAAGACAUAAUGACGCCUGCGCUGCUCGAUCGUCACAAACCUACGGCGACGAGAGAGAAUUUCACCGACGUUGCCAGUGAUCUUCUCGACUGCGUAGAGCAGCUCGCCUGGAUGCUUCAGCAUCCUGAGCUCUCGCGAGUGCACUUGGUCGCGUGCCUCCUCGACAUGCCCGGCGAUGAUACGGUGCCGAGGGCCAUGGAGAAGGCUGGCGGAAACUCUUCCGAGUUCCGCAAGGAUAUCCACAACAUCCUCAUUCGCAUGCCUCAGAGUGUGACUCCCCUGUCUUACGGCGAGGCUCGGGCGCGUCCGGAGUUGAAGCGGGUAGUUGUCGACGCCUACCACGAAGCAGCGGCGCGCGGGCACCGCUUCGUCGGCGUUCACGACCUCGUCUCGGCUCUAGCCCGCUGCGACCGCUUUCGUGUUCGCCUGACCAAUGUUGGGACAGACGUCCCCGUCUUCCUCAAACUAGUCAGCAGCGCAUUCAUCCCUCACACGGAAGCAGAAGAAAAGAAACACCAGCCGCGUACUGGGCAGCAAGAAUGGAUCAAACACUUUGGCGUGGACUUGACCGAGCUCGCGAAAGAAGGGAAAAUCGGAACCGUCACUGGGAGAGAAAACGAGAUCGAACAAAUCACCUCGGUGAUGAGUCGCAUGAGCAAAGCGAACUGCUUGUUGCUUGGCGAGCCGGGUGUCGGAAAGACCGCAGUCGUCGAAGGCUUGGCGAAGCGCAUUAUCGAUGGGGACGUACCGGACGCUCUUCUCGGAGUCCAAGUCUUCUCGCUGGACGUGGGUUCUCUCCUGUCGGGUUCUUCGAUGCGUGGAGAAUUCGAACGCCGAAUGAAAGGCAUUCUCGAUUAUCUUUUCUCCACCGAGCGGUCAACGAUCCUGUUCAUCGAUGAAAUCCACACGCUGAUGGGAGCCGGAAAGGCCGACGGGCCGAUGGACGCAGCGAACUUGCUGAAACCUGCGCUUGCAAGGGGUGCCUUGAGAGUGAUUGGUGCGACAACCCGAGCUGAAUAUCGCAAGCACAUCGAGAAGGACAUGGCCUUUGCUCGCCGUUUCGUCACGAUCGAAAUGAAGGAGCCGGACGUCGCCAAGACCGUUGUUAUGCUCAAGGGUGUUCGAAAAAACCUCGAAGCGCAUCACAAACUCGUCAUCAGCGACACCGCCUUGGUGGCAGCAGCGACGCUCUCAGACCGCUACAUCAAGAACCGGCAACUGCCCGACAAGGCAAUCGAUCUGAUCGACGAUGCGUGCUCAAUCAAGAAAGUGAAAUCUUUGAGGCGCUUUGCGCGCGCCAGCGCGGCGAACGACGAGAAAAAGGACGGAGAUCGAGCAGCUGAUUCACCGGGUCGCGCUGACGAUGCCGCAGCCAAAAAGCGCGAAGACCUGGAAAGCCUCGAGAAGGAGAUCGCACAAAAGGCUAACUCCGACGACGUGUUGACCGACGCAGAUGUGGCAGAAGUUGUCAGUCUGCGAACCGGCAUCCCCGUCAACAAACUGACAGAGACGGACCGGCAGCGCCUUCUGGGCCUUCCAGCCAGCCUUCAGGCGCAAGUUAUUGGACAAGAAGAAGCCGUAGAGGCAGUGGCAAACGCCAUCAUUCGCUCGCGAGCGGGUCUCGCUCGUCGCAAUGCCCCCAUCGGCACCUUCCUCUUCCUGGGAUCUACAGGUGUAGGGAAAACGGAGCUUGCCAAGGCGCUGACCGUCGCGAUCUUCCACGACGAGAAGAACCUGAUUCGCCUGGACAUGUCGGAGUACUCGGAGCCGCACACCGUCGCGCGCCUCGUUGGAAGUCCGCCGGGUUACAUGAGUCACGACGAAGGAGGACAGCUCACGGAGGCGGUCAGGCAACGCCCCCACAGCGUCGUGCUGUUCGACGAGAUCGAGAAUGCGCAUCCGAAUGUCUUCGCCUAUCUUCUCCAGCUCCUCGACGAAGGCCGCCUGACAGACAUGCGAGGCAUCACCGUCGAUUUCACGAACUGCGUUAUCAUCGCCACCUCCAACAUCGGUGCCAAGCACAUUCUGGCUGCAAGCGAAAGGGCCGGAGACGAGACUUCUGGAAAGGUCGCGAUUGGUCACUUUGACAGCGAGAAGCAGCAACUUGAGCACUUUGCGGACUCGAACGCAGGAGCCCAAGUCGCAGACGAGCUUCGCGGCGACAAGCGAGACUCAAACAGUCCGGAAAAAGCCCUGGCGAGAAGGAAGCCGGCGAACUGGAAGACGCAGGCCAGAGCAGCCGUUCUGGCGGAGGCGGCGCGCGUCUUCAAGCCUCAAGUCCUCAACAGAAUGACUGUCAUAAUUUUCGAUCCUCUGACGCCACAAGACUUGAAGCGCAUCUUCCGGCUGCAGGAGAAAGGUCUAGCAGAGUUGCUUUUGGAGCAAGGCGUCGAACUUGUCAUCGAAGAAGACGCGGCAGUCUUCGUCGUCGAGCGCGCGUACAGCCGCCAUUUUGGCGCGCGUCGGCUGAAGAGAUUCUUCGACAAGAACAUCACCGGGCGCCUCGCACCUUGGAUUCUCUCCGGCUGGUUACGCGGCGGCAUGUUGCUGCGAAUCAUUGCCUCCAAGACGCGGAAGAACAGCCUCGAGGCGCAUGUCUGCGAAGUUAACUCCCGAGGCCGAUGCGUGAAGGCGUCGAGGCGCGCGCGUCUGCUCUGCACUGUGAAGGUCCCGGAUCCCACCAAGGACGCCGACGACCCCCUGUAA